AUGACUUUAAUCGCGGCCGAAACGCGUGCUGCGAUGUACGUUGACAGUGAUGUCCUACGCACUCGGUUUGCUACGGCCAUGUCGACUAUGUAUCGCACAGAGGUGCCGUUGUACGGCGACUUGAUUGAGAUAGUACGCGACGUCAACAUGCGAGUUCUACGGGGAAUCAACGAGAACGGCCAACCCGGUGAUGCAGCUGGCAUCUCAGCCAGUUCUGAGCGCUUAACCCUGGAGCGACACGGUGCGAUUCGUCUGGGCACAGCGCACGAGCUCCGCAUCAUGAAGAGAAUCUUUACCGUCUUAGGAAUGCAUCCAAUCGGAUACUAUGACCUCUCUAUGGCUGGCUUACCUAUGCAUGCGACGUGCUUUCGCCCAAUGACGCUCGCCGCUCUCGACCGCAACCCCUUUCGGGUGUUCACUACUCUCCUGCGGCCUGAGCUGCUUGCCUCGGAGCAGGCGCGUCAACUCUCAAUGCAGUUGCUGGACAAACGGAACAUCUUCAGCGACGCAUUGAUUCAAAUACUCGCUGUUGCUGAAGCACAGGACGGGCGACUGACUGAGGACCAAUCCAAGACCUUUAUCAUAGAGGCUUUGCCCACAUUUAGUUGGCAGUCCAUCGCAGCGGCCACAUUCGAUGAAUACAAGAUCCUGAGGCCGAGCAUCCGAUCCUGGCUGAUAUUGCAUCCCGUCCAGUCAGCAAUGAGGGCGGCCGGCAUGGCUGUCAAAGCGCAUAUCGAGGGACCACCGGCUCGGGAUUGUCCCAUUUUGCUACGGCAGACGAGCUUCCUCGCUCUAGACGAGACAGUCCAUUUCAGGGGGAGUACAGCCCAGCCCCAGGACAAGCUAGUCAAAGCCAGCCACAGGGCGCGAUUUGGAGAAAUUGAGCAACGCGGCGCCGCCGUGACACCCAAGGGCCAGGCCCUGUAUGAUAGGCUUCUGCGCGACAGUCAAGACAAAUCAGCUGGUGUCAGUUCCGAGGAGGCUGAUGCUCUCAUCCUUCAAGUCUUCCAGCGAUAUCCCGACACCUGGACCGAGCUCCGAAGUCAGGGACUUAUAUACGUUGAAUUUCGUGUUGCGAGAAACAUCAAACCUGAGGCAACCUUUGAUAAAGAUGCAAGUCAUGGUUCGUUAUUGGGAAGGCUCAUUGCUGAUGGGGUGCUGGAAGCGUUGCCUCUGACAUACGAAGACUUUCUGCCUUUUUCCGCGGCUGGAAUCUUCCAGUCGAACCUCCAAGCCGACAAUCAAUCCGAUGGAUUACUAUGCCUACAUAACUCUUUACCAGAUCAAGAGGGCUUUGAGCGAGCUCUUGGUAUGAAGGUUUCGGGCCUUGAUCAGUGGUACGUCGAUGUUCAACAGCAAAGUCUAGAGACCGUGAGCCACGAGCUAGGAUUGAGGAUGGAGGAGCUCCUGAAGUAG